AUGGGGACGUCAGUGGGUUCCGACGAGCCCGUUGUGGCUUCAGUCGCCAGCGAUGCCUUCGACCCCUUUGUCACGAGCCCUUCAGGUCCCACGCGCCUACGGCACUCCACUUUUGACAGCCAACUCUUUUCCUUGGCACCUGGAUCCUCUGCCGAGCAAGUAAAGCGCGCUAUUGAGGCUCAUUUACGAGACACCGAGCGGCGGAUGGAAGAGGCUGGAAAAUUAGGCACCGCCCUAGUUCAGCAACAAAAGCAGCUCACCGAGAAGCUCAGGGAGGUGGAGCAGCUACAGUCCGAGGCGGAGCUGAACCCGGAAUUGCGACAGCGACUCAUCGACAUUGAGAAGGAUUACAAUGAGGUGGCUAGGGAGAGCGCCCGGGCCCUGUUGCCCAAGCAAAGAGUACCUAGCAACGAGGCCCAGGGUUCUCCGUACGCGGUAGAAGGCAAGGCUGCCAGGCGCUCCGUAAGCCCGUCCAAGUUCGAGAGCCUCGCCACGCCAUCCCCGACCAAGUUCAGCAUACCGAACCGCAAGGUCCGCAAUCAGCCUGCUAGCCGAGUUCACGACAUCGAGUUUGCUGCCGAGAUCAGCACUUCCCUGAUUGCCCAGGUCCGGAAUUUGCAAGCCGUGCUUUCUGAGAGGGAAGAGGAGCUCAAGGACGUCAAGGCUGAGAGGGCAAGGCUCGAGAUCGAGGCUGAGGGAUUCCAGCAACGCCUAAAGAGCUUGGACGAGAGCGAAAACCGGUACAAGGACGAGAACUGGAAUCUUGAGACCCAGAUUCACGAGCUAAUCGCUGCGCAAAAAGAGGGAGCCGAGCGCGAGAAGAAGCUCGCGCAGACUCUGAACGUCAUCCAGUCCGAGAAGAGCGCCGUUCAGAGAGAGUUGGAGGAGACCAAGCACAUCCUCGCCAAGCAAGACGAGAAGCACACGGCCGAGAUCAAGAACCUUGAGAUUGAGCUUGGCACCAUCCGACGCAAUGCUGUGGUUUUCGAGACUGAGCGCUCUGUCCUGCAGAGGAAAGUGGAUGAACUCACGGGCCAGAACCAGGAGCUGGCCAAGGCAUUCUCCUCUCUUCAGCGUGGACGCUUGUUGGAACGUGAAUCCGGCCUCGGUGUGAGCGAAGAGGAUUUCCACUCGGCCCCUGACCACAACACCCCGGAGCACUCGCCACCUCCGUCGCCGAUGAAAGCAACCCCUCGACACUCUGCUCUUGAGUCGGAAACCCUGAAAACGUCACUGGGCCAUGCGCAGCGGACCAUCCAGACCCUUCGGACCAACAUUCAUCGGGAAAAGACCGAGAAGCUGGAAUUGAAGCGCAUGCUUCAAGACGCGCGGGAUGAGAUUGAGAAGCUCCGGAACGACCCGCAUCCUCACCCUCCGAAGAAGAGUCGAAAGAUCGAGGCAAGGGAAACCAAGAAGCCGCUCUUCAAGUUGACUCAGUUGGGCAGCGUACGACCGAGUAGGACCGAAGUCGUCGAAGAUCCCGAAUGGGAAGACCAGUCCGAGGUCCCCUCUCCCCGCCCAUUGUCGCGCCGUAGCUCGACACUACGUCUCCCCGCAAACAAUGCCGUGACCCUGGAGUCGAAUAGCGACCACUUCGAGACGGCAAAUGAGACCAGUGACGCGGCUUUCGAGACUGCACAUGAGCGGGGGACUGAAACUGAAGACUUCCAGACUGGCGUCGAAGACCUCUCUGACGACGACGCCGCGACAGAAACAGAGGCCGGCCCAUCGAGAGGAGCCAGCUCAAUUAAGCGUCCUCCACCGCUGCCGCCGCAUCAAUCUAGCAACCAUUACUCUUUUGACAGCACUGCUUCAACAUCGAGUGACGAGGAUGAUUAUCCGUUUGCCUCAGAAAUGAAAACGCCAUCUGCUUCGAGGAUGCGAAUGCGCGUCAGCCGCGGUUCGCUCGGCUCUCGCCGUUCUCGACAGUUCAGCGAAGGACCUAGCUUCCAGAGCAGUCCUGCAAGCGUGCAUGCCAACAGCGCAUCCGCUACGCCGGGCGGACAGAGCCUGUUUGCCGAGCUGAACGAGUUGGAUAACAGCGAUGAAGAGUCCCUCCCGGGCGCUGCUACUCCUGGCCGGAGAAGUAUCCGGUCCACGCCCGCCACGCCGCGCAGCACCGUUCGAGGCCGAUCCCCGCCGCCCGAGGUUCCGGCGCUGCCGAAGGUCAUGGUUGACAGCGGCAUGAUGACCGAGCCAGUGUUUGUGGGACCAGUAUCCGCAGAUGCCGAGACUCAGGGAGAGCGCGAGAUAGUGGCUUUAUCACCCCGGAGCGACACCUUCCCAGAGCGACCAAUUUCGAUGCAAUCUGUGAUUGGCCCUCGCACUUCGCAUGCCUCGACGCAAUGGCUGGGAGACGAGCUGAAAGACGAGUCGUCGCGGCCCAUAUCUGCCUUCUCCUACAGCGACGCCAGCGUUCAGAACGACUGGGAUUUGGACGCCAAAUUGGCGCAGUUCCCGUCGCCUCCUGGCUCACAAUCCGUGCCUCCAACCCUUAGCAUGACUUCCAUCCACGCGGAGUUCAUCGAGCCCUUGUCUGAGCCCGAAAUUCCAUCGAGCCCGCCGUCGCUCAGCGUUUCUUCAAUCCUUCAUGAACAGACUGAGCCAGCACCGCAAGAGGUGCCCCCGCUUGAACUUCCAAACCUGUCCGUGUCGCCUCUAAUCUCCGAGCAUGUGGAACCCCGGGAACCGGAGGCCCCGUUGCUUAGUAUCCCUGCAACUGUUGCUUCUCAAGAUGUCGAACCCAUCCCUCCCGCGCCAAUCCCGCUGUCAUUGUCGACUGUCCAUGUGGAACAGGUCGAACCGGUUGCCGAGGUUGAGACACCCCCACCGCCACCAGCUGCCCUCUCAUUCUCGACGGUGCUUGAGGAGCAGGUCGAGCCAGUUGCCGAGCCUGAGAUACCUAUGGCCCUCUCAUUCUCAGCCGUUGUUGAAGAGCAGGUCGAGCCGGUUGCCGAGCCUGAGAUAUCGCCACCGUCGCCCGUUGCCCUUUCAUUCUCGGCUAUCGUUGAGAAGCAAGUCGAGCCGGUUGUCGAGCCUGAGCCUAUUACUACUCUGUCGCCUACUAAUCUCACGUUCUCGGGCAUUCUUGGUGAACAAGUCGAGCCAGUCGAGCUGCCCGCGCCUGCGGUCGACGAGACCCCAGCGCUCAGCAUCGGCAUUCCUCUGCCUGCUUCUCUAACCCUCUCGUCAAUUAUCUCCGAGCACGUUGAGCCGCAGAGCCAGGAUCCACCUCCUGUCCCGCUCUCUCUCUCACCCAUCAACGUCGAGGAAGUGGCGCCCGCACAAGAACCGGCAUCACCUGCUCCUGUGUUGGCAUUUGUGCCUCUUCAGACACAGCAUGUCGAGCCUCUCGAAUCCUGCGCACCGCCUCUAAGCCUGUCAUCUGUUGAAACUUGGGCCGUUGAGCCUCUCGACGCUCUGGAAGCCCCUCCUAUGCUCUCGCUCUCGGCUAUUGAGGCUCAGGUUCUUGAGCCCAUAGAGCUAGAUGAACCCUUGGUCGCUCCAGCGCUGAGCGUAUCCGCGAUAUCGUCACUGCAUACUGAGCCUUCGGAACCUCGGAGUCCAAAGAGGAACGCAUUCAUCAUCCCGCGCGACGUGGAAGAUGAUGACUCGCCUGCGCAAGCAUCAUCUCGGGGUGUCUCGAAUGUUCCCGUAACCGCAGACCAAGGAGCUCAAACUUCCUUGACAGCAGACGCAAUCAGCCAACUCUUCAGGGAAAAGGCACGGAGUUCGGAAAUAGGUGAACUCGACGGAUCAAACUCUCUUCGCAGCAUGGGUACUCCAUCCACGGUGAGGAUCCAUCGACCUCGCCAGGAAAGCUUUGACGGGACGGGGCGGUCAAAGGGCAAAGCGGUCGACGUCGGCACCGAUGCGUACGAGGCGCCACCUCUCCGCAGAAUUGGAAGCUCUGCUAGCGCUCUUGGCGGCUCUCUUGACGACGUUCCGCCACUACCGCCAAAUCACAAGGAAGUUAUUGAGGCAGCUAGGAGUGGUUCUUCGCAAGGGGGCCAGGGAACUAUCGGCAGCAUGGGCCCGCCCUUGUUCCCUGCUUCGGCGCUGAAAGCUCAAAAUCAGCCUUUCCGGCCACGAACUCCGACAGGCGCGAGGCGGCCCCUCUCUCCCAUUUCUGUUGCGUCCGGCCGCGGGACGCCGACACCCCGUGCUGCUACCAAGUCCGGCUUUACUCCCGCGGGUUCCGAGGUGCAGUCACUCUCGAAGAUGACGAGUCGCAGCCGCAAAUCCUCCAUCUCGUCGUUCACGUCCGAGGUGGAUACGAGGUUCAACAUGCAUUCCGACGGCGGAUUCCAAGGGCAUGGGUUGGGAUCCAACACGGAUCCUCGCAUGAUUCAGGCGAUUACGCAGACGAUGAUCGGCGAGUACCUUUGGAAGUACACACGUAAAGCUGGACGCGAGGAGAUGUCGGAAAACAGGCACCGGCGAUACUUUUGGGUUCACCCAUACACGCGAAUGCUGUACUGGAGCGACCGUGAUCCUUCGACCGGUGGCCGUCAUGAAGUCAAGGCCAAAAGUGUCCCGAUAGAGGCGGUGCGUGUUGUUGCCGACGACAAUCCCAUGCCUCCUGGCCUACAUCGGAAGAGCCUCGUCAUUAUCUCGCCGGGCAGGAGUGUCAAGUUUACCUGCACGACUGGGCAACGCCACGAGACGUGGUUCAAUGCUCUCUCCUAUCUGCUUCUUCGGACCACUAGCGAGGGUCAGACUGAUGCCGAGGAGAUGGCUGGUAACAUCACGAGAGAAGACGUGGAAGAGUUUAACCCUUCUUACAGGACCCGACGGGCUAAUGGUAACCGAAUGGCACCUUCGUUGUCAUCGUAUAAUUCACAACAUACCCCGCGCGAUUCUCCCACCAUGGAUAUCACGCUGGAUGUGCCUACUUUGACGCCGUCCCGUUCCAAGGCCUCGCAGGGUCGCACGUCGUUUGGCACGCUGAGCAGGAUCAGCGGGUACUGGAAGGAGAGCAAGGUGCUGUCUGGGACUUUUGGCGGUCUGAAAGCCCGGAGCGUUUCUGGCCGGGAUCCUGUCAGCGACAUCUAUGAGUCCAGUGAGGUGCAGGAUAGCGCCGAGGAUGUGAGACAGAUGAUUGAGCGGCAGGAUCGCGAGGCUGACCGCCUUGAGAAUGUCCGAGCAUGCUGUGACGGAAAACACGACGUUGGGACCCUGACCAGCAGCGGGAAACGUGGACGCCAUUCCCUAGCGGUCAUGCACACGCCGUCGACAACGCCGACACCGACCCCCGCUGGGACUAUCAGGUCUCGAGCGUGA